AUGGCAGUCAAUCUCCCUCCUGCUCCGGCAGUUCACCUCCUCUUGGGAUCGCUCCCAUUGCUGAUCCUGUCCGAGACCAAUUCGUUUCAUACCGGCCAUGCUCUCUUCAAAAUCUUUUCCUCGAUUGCCUUUGUCAGCGAUCCGCUCCUCCGCCUAUCUGCCGAUCCAUCGCCCUACCAUGUCCUUAUCACCAGCGGUCUCCUUUUCUCUGUACUUGGCGACAUCCUCUUGAUCCCCUCAAGGAAAGAAUACUACGGCCUUGGCUCUGAAAGUGGGAAGAAGGACAAACCGGGGAAUUCCGCUGAGACUGAUGAAGCGGUGAUCUCAGUAUCCUUCCAGCUGGGAAUUGUGGCGUUUGCGGCAGCUCAUAUAGCUUAUAUUCUUGCCUUCCUACGUGACUCCCCGGAGAACCUCUCAUGGCCUUCGUUUGCCACCGUAUUUGUCGCGACAAUGGCGAUCGCUAGGUGGCUUGGUGUGAUAUAUCCAACUCCACGAUUACGCUCUGAAGUUUCGUGGACGAAUAGCAAUGUGCUCAAUUUAUCCGUUCCCAAGGACAUGCGCUUUUUGGUUUUGGUGUAUGCAGUCAUCAUCAGCUCGAUGCUGGCGGUUACGGUGUCCACAACUUCGUCGCUGCAACAUCAGCGUGUCUUGGGCGCAGUGAUGUUUGUCAUUAGCGACAUUUUCGUGGCAAAGGACGCGUUUGGUAAGAAAUUACAAACGACCGGAGGAGCUGAAAAGAAAAGAAACUGGUGGUUGCAGACAGCUACGGGGUGGGGACUCUACUUUUGGGGCCAAAUGGUUUUAGCAGGGACGGUUUAA